AUUUUUGCUAUUUGCAUGAUUUAUGGUGGGUCGUUUCCUAUGCUAGGGUUGUCAUUUCGUCUCGCAACCCACUCCCUUUCUCCCGUCGUUUUCACUCGCAUUGAGCAUUAUUAAGAGGAUCAAGAACACCCACAAGACACACCCAAGAGAUCAAACCUCACUACUCACACGCCAUGAAUCAUCAUCAUACCUCCCCACUGUUAUCACCUUCGUAGGGACGGCCACACACACACACACACACACACACAAAGUAGACAGUACUCCCUAAGUUCUUCUCUUGUGAGCAAUAUGGCUUCGAUCGCCAAAACCAUACCCACACUGGCACACAUUGGAACGGCCAUGAUCGACGUCGUGAGCUUCGUGGUGUUCUCCCUUCUGGAUGUCCUCGACGUGGUCCUGUGCUUCGUCUAUCGGGUAGCGGACUUCUUCGUCGAGUCGGAGUGGAAGCCGUGCUACUGCUCGUCGCCAAGGGAGGCCAUCACCACCAACGGCGGUGGCAUUCUGGUCUCCGGGCAAGGAGAGUCCAAGAUCGUCCGCAUGAUGAGCUCGAGCAAGGUCCAGAUGGAGGACGUCUCUGACACGCUCUACGUGCGGGCCUCGCGGGUGUCGGAGGUCUCGAACUCCGCUGUCAUGAGGCUUAACAGCAACAACAACAGAAACCACGCCGGUCAUAAUCAUAAGAAGAAGAUUGGCAGUCCUGGGGCGCGGUCAAGCUUUGUGGUGAAUUCCACGGUUGUCGAGAUGCUCCACGGAAGGAUGGUCGGGCAGAAAUCGCAGCCGAUUCCGAGGUGGUCGGAUUGCGAUUGCCAACUUUGCAAUUCCUGGUCGUCUUCUAGUAGCAAGACCCUCUACGUCAAAUCCGCCGGCGGUAAAGGGGGCAAGGCACGUGAAGAUGUUGUGUUCAUCCACGGCUUCAUUUCCUCGUCGGCAUUCUGGACGGAGACGCUAUUCCCGAACUUCUCCGAGGAGGCGAGCUCAAUGUACCGGUUCUUCGCGGUCGACCUCCUGGGGUUCGGGAGGAGCCCGAAGCCGGCCGAGUCGCUGUACACGCUCAAGGAGCACGUGGACAUGAUAGAGAAGUCGGUGUUGGAGCCGCACAAGGUCAAGUCCUUCCACAUUGUGGCUCACUCUUUAGGUUGCAUUCUGGCCCUCGCGCUCGCGGUCCGGCACCCUAACUCGAUCAAGUCCUUAACCCUACUCGCGCCGCCCUAUUUUCCGGUGCCGGAGGGAGAAGAAGCGACGCAAUAUGUGAUGAGAAGGGUCGCUCCGAGGCGCGUGUGGCCGUUGAUCGCCUUCGGGGCGUCGAUGGCUUGCUGGUACGAGCACGUCAGCCGUACGAUUUGCCUGCUCAUAUGCAAGAACCACCGGUUGUGGGAAUUUCUCAUCAAGCUAAUCACCAGAAACAGGCUUAGGACAUACUUGGUCGAAGGCUUCUGCUGCCACACCCACAACGCCGCGUGGCACACCCUCCACAACAUCAUCUGCGGCACGGCCGGCAAGCUUGACGCCUACCUCGACGCCGUCCGGGACCGCGUCAAGUGCGAGAUCAACGUCUUCCACGGCGAGGACGACGAGGUGAUCCCGGUGGAGUGCACCCACAACAUGAAGAAACGGCUGCGCCGGGCCAACGUGAAGGUGAUGAAGCGGGAGGAUCACAUCACCAUAGUCGUCGGGAGGCAGAAGGAGUUCGCGAGGGAGCUGGAGGAGAUCUGGAGGAAGUCGAGGGGUUAAGUCGAGGGGCCACGGUCUGGUGUCUCCUGCAGAUGAACAAGCAAAUGGAAGCAUAAUUAAUAAGUUCAAAUCGAUUGAGGGAAGAGCAAUUUGCAAUGCAUAGAUGGAAAAAAGUCGCCCCAAAGAUAUCCGAAGGCCUUCACCAUCAUCAUCUAGCUCGUUUUUUCUAGCGGGUCAAGCUUCUAAUGGAGCAUAUAUUUACAUAUAUAUCAUACCAUUCCCAAGUAUAAAUAUAUAUAUAUAUAUAUAUAUAUAUAUAUAUAUAUAUAUAAUAUUAUGGGCAUGUAGGAUGUUAGAUGACCAUUGUCGUUUUAUUACAAGAUAAAGUAUGAUAGAACAUCAUCAUCAUGUUCCGCCUGGUUUAAGGAGGCAUCCUCUUUUCCAUUGUGUUUUCCUUUUCGUGGAGCAUUGUAUUUGCCGGUUGUGUAUGUUGAAGGAAUGAAGAAAUAAUCGCAGUCGUCCUUGCGAAUCGACUCUCCAUUCCAUUUGAAAUUGUGAUUUUCCUCCA